UUUUAACCGUUAGGCGCCGUCGCUGUUCGUGUCGGAGAGGAACUCGGUUGUGUGUGUGUGUGUGUUAGUUUUCUUACAUAAAAAGUAACACAGCAGACAUGGACGUGGACUUAAUGAAAUAUGCAGAGCUGCAGAAACUCGCCAAGGAGCUCGGACUUAAAGCAAACUUGAAGGCGGAUAAACUCUUGAAACUGAUCAAGCGGCAUUAUCAACGAGAGACAAACCAAGAGGAGCAACAUGAGCAGGGUCAAGAGAAGGAUGAAGCUGCUGUGCAGGAGGAGGGAAAAGCAGAAGAGGACAGUGCUGAGGAAAAUACUGCUGAGGCAGUUCCCAGCACCGCUGUGUUUGUGAACACACGCCGAGGCAGAGGAAACGGUACCAAGAGAAAGAUCUCUGAUACCGAGUGUGACACCAAGUUAACAGUAACUGCCGUAGAGGAUGUCACUGAGGUGGAAGCAUCUGCUCCAUCCCACGGAGCUCGAGGUGCAAAGAAGAGGAAAGUGUCUGCUGUCAAAGAUUCUACGGAUAAUGAAACCGAGUCUCCGGAAGAACCACAGCAGCAGGAAGCCGAUGUGAAGGAUACAGCUGUAACCAAAGCUGGUAAAAUUCCCCGUCACCAAGGCCUGCUGCAGAAGAAGAAGCAGUUGAAGCCUGUCACUCCAAACUUCAAAAAACUCCACGAGGCACAUUUUAACAAGAUGGAGUCCAUUGACUCUUAUGUCCAGAGGAAGAGCAAGAAGAUGGAGACCUGCAGAGCUUCAGCCAAAGAACUGAAGAAGCUUCCAGAAAAAUCUAAACUCAUUGGCAAAUCUCAGGCGAAGGCAAACCAGAGUCGCGCGUCCAUGUUCAGUCCCAUUUUGGCCAGUAAGAAACCAGCUGAUGACGUACGCAGACACACUUUGCUCUCGGCCACUAAAGCUCCUGGGAAGGAAGACGCUCCGUUCAGACCGUCUGUCCUUUCCACGCGCAGGAUCAACGUCCGGUUCUCAGAAGCCACUCAUGACAAUGAGUAUAAGAGGUCGUUGGUGAAGACGCCUGCUCGUAUGUCGCCCUGCGUGACCUCGAGUACUCCAAAAAAACAGACCGCAGCUGCAGCGAAGCCCGACAAACCCUCAACUUUCUCCGCCACAAAAACUCCAGGGCCUUUUGUUUUCACCGGCAACACAAGCACUUCCACAACACCCGGAACACAGAAGACCAGCUUUGACCUGAAGGCGAGUCUGUCUCGUCCCCUCACCUACAAACCUCAUACAGGUAAACUGAAGCCAUUCGGUGAUACUAAAGAAAACCCAACAGUGGCAGCAAACAAGUCCCUGAUCGCUAACUCGCAUCAGAAGAACUAUAAACAGCAUCAAGUCCAAACAAGGGAGGACAGGAGGGAAAAGCACGCGGCCAACCGGAAGCAGAAAAAACAGAAUAUGCUCGGGGCGAGAAGAGGCCUCGUCAUGAUGUGAAAGUAAUUAUCCCAGUCGUUUGUACAGCCUGUCCCUUCUACUGUAAAUAUUUUAUCGUCCACAGCUCAAAGACUCAAUUUCUGCUCUUUUUUAGAACGUAGACAAGCCUCUUUUAUUAUCGUAUCAGUGUUUUUAGAUUUGACGCAUGCAGGUGUUAUUAACGUUUAAUGACGCAUUUCUAUAUUUUAAUGCGUAGACGAGGGCUGCAACUGUCGCUCAUUUUCCUCAUUAUUAACCACUUGUUUCUGAAACUUGGAAAAGACGAUUUCCCGCAAUUUUGGCAGUUUUAACAAUUUGUUUAUUUGGAGAAAGAAACUAUAAAAUAUUCACAUUGAAGAAGCUGAAAAAUCAGAUCUUGUUUUAAUUAUUGGGAAAAAAAGAAACUCAAACGGAUAAAUUAAUUUAUUUAAUAAACCCCCAGUGUUGACGAGUAAUGUCCUGCUUUACUGCUUUUCAAAUGCAGUGUUCUUAAUUUUUUUUACUGAAAGACCUGUAUAGACGCAAAAGAUUCUCAAAAUAAAUUUGUUUUUCAAAUUGUA